AUGGAAACAGGAACCAAUACUCCGUCUGCUGAGGGAGGAUUUGAAUACACCAGGAUUGGUAGACGACUUCUACAGAUCACGAAUGUCGACCCCAAUAUGAGCCCCGGCACCACUAUGAGCCCCGGCACCACUAGCAUUACCACUAUGAGCCCCGGCACCACUAGCGUUACCACUAUGAGCCCCGGCACCACUAGUGUUACCACUAUGAGCCCCGGCACCACUAGCGUUACCACUAUGAGCCCGGGCACCACUAGCGUUACCACUAUGAGCCCUGGCACCACUAUGAGCCCCGGCACCACUAGCGUUACCACUAUGAGCCCCGGCACCACUAUGAGCCCCGGCACCACUAGCGUUACCACCAUGAGCCCCGGCACCACUAGCGUUACCACUAUGAGCCCCAGCACCACUAUGAGCCCCGGCACCACUAGCGUUACCACCAUGAGCCCCGGCACCACUAGCGUUACCACCAUGAGCCCCGGCACCACUAUCAUUACCACUAUGAGCCCUGGCACCACUAGCGCCACCACUAUGAGCCCCGGCACCACUAUGAGCCCUGGCACCACUAGUGCCACCACUAUGAUCCCCGGCACCACUAUGAGCCCCGUCACCACGAGCGCCACCACGAUGAUCCUAGGCACCAUUAGCACCACUAUGAGCCCAGCCACCACAGUUAUUAUAGUGCCUCCAGCAGUACAAAGAUCCACAGAGGCAGCAGUUGCAGCAGCCACAACAGCCACAGCAGCAGCAGCAGCAUUGACGGGAGCAGCUGUGGCGGCGGCAGCUGCCACUUCAGGUGGAUUCUCAGCAACAAAUGCUGCAGGAAAUGUUUCAUCAGCUGCAGACGCAGCAGCUGCUGCUUCAUCUUCCCUUUUACAAGGCACAAUAAAUGCAUCCACAGCAGCACAAGCCGCAGCAGAUGCUGCAAAUGAGGCUGAAAUGGCAGCAGCAACAGCCGCAGCAGUGACAGCAACAGCAACGGGGGACAUGGCCACUCUUGCAAGAAGUCUAUCCAUGGCAGCAGUAAAUGCAUCAUCUGCAGCAAGAGCAGCAGCAGAUGCUGCAACAUUAGCAGCAAACCUUACCGAAUCUGGAAACGUAUCAGCUAAUGCACCACUUAUCAUAGAAGCUGCAAGAAAUGCCAGUCAAGAGGCAGCAAUGGCUGCACAAGCCCUCAGAGCAUUACUCAAUUCAUCAGCCCUUCCAGCAGACACAGAAGACCUUGUACAACAAGCGAUCGUGUCCGCUGAAACCGCUGCUGAAUUGGCAAAUGACACGGCAGCGCAGGCCUUACAGGCACUGAACACAGCAGAACAAGCAGUGGCACCUGGUACAGGAAGUAUGGAAGCUGAUUUAGCUGCAGCAUUAGCUGUAGAACAAGUACAAAAUGCGGUAGAUUCGGCAAGACAAUCCACAGAGGUGGUAUCACAGGCUGUGCAAGCACUAUCUACAAGUGAUGAAGUAGUUGCCGAAGCUUCAGCAGCAGCCUCCUUAGCAGCAGCAGCAACAGCCCUCGCAGCCUCAGCAGCAGCAGCUACUGGUGCAGAUCUAACAGACCAAGUCAACGCUGCCAUUGAAACGGCAAAUGAAGCAUCUGAGGCUGCUGGAUUAGUUGCAGAUGGACAAGCAGAUGCAGAACAAGCUAGAAGCAAAGCAAGUGAUGCAGCAGACUCAGCAAAAACAGUGGCUAACGCAGCACUACAAGCUUCAUCACCAGGAAGCAUUGAGGAAGAGCUAGCGCUGCAAUCGUUAGCUGCAGCGAUGGCAGCCAGACAAGCAGCGAUGGCGAACCCAGGUGAAAUUGAUGUUGCUGCAAGAGAAGUUGUGGACGUAUCAAGGAAUGCUUCACAACUAUUUUCAGAGCUCUCUAUUCAGGUGUCAUCCAGUCGGGCCGUUGUAACGCUAGCAGCGCUUCAGGAGGCCGAGGAAGUUGCCUUGUUUGCUGAAUCUACAGGAGUCAUAGCAGAAACAGUGAGCAGUGCCGCAGAUCCACUAGCCGCUGCACAAGCUACUGCAAGAGCUGCAUCAUUAGCAACACAAGCCGCAAAUGAAAGCCUUUCUGGUACACAAUCCCUUCUUGAUUUGGCACAAGAAGCAGUGGUGGCUGGCUUGACGGCCUCAGCGGCAGCAGCCACCGCAACUACAUCGGCUGCAGCGGCAGCGACCGGGUCGUCAGCCAUCCCUGCAGCCAGAAGCGCAUCGACGGCCGCCAGCGAAGCAGCGAGUGCCGCCACAUCACUGACCACUGGUCAAGAAUCAGUAGACUUUGCAGUGGUUGAAGCGAACGAAGCAGCCGGAGCGGCCGAAAAUGCAGCCGAUGCUGCCAUGACAGCAGCCCAAACAUCUGGAUCAACCCUGGAGGAGCAGCUGGCAGAUUUAGCUCAGGACUCAGCCAGAACAGCAGAAAAGGCAGCAACCGCUGCACAGAUGGCGGCCACUGUCCCAGCAACAGAGCAAAUGAUAUCGGACGCCCUGGCAGUUGCCACAGAAGUAGCCACGGAAUCUGCAAAUCUGACACAACAGUUGGAGGAUUUACUGUCAAGUGCAUCACCACAAACUAUCGGGGAGCGUGUUGAACUCCAAGGACUGCUGGCUGUGGCGGAGGUAGCGCAGGCGUCCGCAGACUUCUCCAGAGAGGCAGCGGCGUUGGGCGUGAUGGUGGCCACGACAGGGAACGCGGCAGACAUCGAAGCAAUGAACGCUUUUGCGGAAGCAUCGGCAAGAGCCUCCGAUGUCGCAGCGAGGACUUCAGGAACAUUUGUAACAACCUCGGUGGAAACAAAUGCUGCAAACAUUGAGAUUCUCUCGUUCGCCGCCGCACUCGCCGCCAUGGCUGCGGUGCUACUAUGAAGCGUAUCGUAAAUGAAGGACUUGUGAAUUGGGCAAACAACACUAUUCUAUUUAUUCCCCUGUUAUAUUUGAUGUUUCAUGAUUGAUAGAAAUCCAAUGUUGGCAAGGACUGUAUUUCUCUAGAAGGAAGACAAACGUCGCUGCAAACAAAGCAGAAUUUCCCAUUCCAUUUGGGAGAGUAUGACACAAAAGGACUCGAAUGUUCUAAUCAGCAUUUGGAACAUGUGUGAGAUAAUGUCACUUUCAUGUGUACUCAUACAUGCUAACCUGCUCAAGAGUUCUUCACACUUGAGGUAAUGCUUGUGUGGAGUUGCAAGUGAGAACAUGAGAGGUGGAGAAACGUUUGGAGGAGAAUGGGAGUGACAGCUGUAGCGACCA